AUGAAUAACAAAGAAAUUCGGAUUAGUGCUUUGUUAGUAUUGGACACCUUGUUCUUUCUUCUAGAGGCCAUCAUUGGUUACUCUGUCCAAUCGUUGGCAUUAAUCGCCGACUCAUUCCAUAUGUUGAAUGAUAUCAUUUCAUUAAUCAUUGCUCUUUGGGCCGUGCGUGUUAAGAAUUUGAAACCUGCUGAUGGGAAAUAUACUUAUGGGUGGCAAAGAGCUGAAAUAUUGGGUGCUUUAAUCAAUGCUGUUUUUUUGAUUGCCUUGUGUUUUACUAUUAUUAUGGAUGCUAUUCAACGUUUUUUCAAACCGACAGAAAUAACGAAUCCUCAAUUGAUUUUAGCGGUUGGUGUUGCUGGGUUGUUGAGUAAUGGUAUUGGAUUGGUGUUAUUUCAUGAACACGGACAUUCGCAUUCUCAUGGCGGUGGUGGUGAUGAUGGGCACGGAGAGGGACAUUCGCAUUCACAUGCUGAUGGUACUGGUAAUGGGCAUGUUUCCAGUAGCGAAAUUGAGUCAAGGAUCGGAUUGAAUGAAAACACACCUUUGAUUGAUGCCACUGUGCGUUCUUCACCAUCUGAAGUGUUUGAUUAUUUCCCUGAUAAUGUUGUUGAAAGAUAUAAUUCUGAAACUCCAUCAGUGAAGGCAGAUGGACAUGAAUAUGAACAUACACAUAAUGAUGCAGUUAAAGAUGUCAAGACAAGGAAAAGAAAAUCAAUGAAUAUGGAAGGUGUAUUUUUGCAUGUAUUGGGUGAUGCAUUGGGAAAUGUUGGUGUUAUUAUAACUGCUUUAAUUAUUUGGAAAACCGAUUAUUGGUGGAAAUUUUAUUCAGAUCCAGUUACAUCUUUGGUUAUUACUUUGAUCAUUUUCAAUAGUGCAUUACCAUUGUGUCGUAAAUCAUCAAAGAUCUUAUUACAAGCUACACCACCAUAUAUUGAUUCGGAACAGAUUUUACAAGACAUUUUGAAAUUACCAUUGGUUAACAGUGUUCAUGAUUUCCAUGUUUGGAAUUUAAAUGAAGAUAUUCUUAUUGCUUCACUACAUAUUGAAUUGACACCUAAAUGUGAAGUCAUUUUACCAGCACCAGGUCAAACUGGAUCUGACACCACUGGCGAUUCUUCAAAUACUCAAAUUGAUAGAAACUUGUUUUUGAUGGUUGUUUCUCAAGUUCGUGAUACUUUACAUAAAUAUGGUAUUCAUUCAGUUACUAUUCAACCAGAAUUCCCUAGUUUGAAGAGCAAAUCGGGUGAAUCAGAUGAUGUGGUUACUGAUGAUUCAAAUGCAUUUGGUAAUACCUCAAAACAAAACUGUUUAGUUGAUGGAUUUACUAAUUGUGAUACACAAACUUGUCAUUAA